AUGGCGCCCGCAAUUUCAAUCCCUCAAGUCCUUGGAACUACUGGACUCUUUUUCACUGGUGCUCUGAUUAUGCGAGGGGCUGGUUGUGCAAUCAAUGACCUGUGGGAUAGAAAAUUGGACCCUCAUGUUGAGCGCACAAGAUUCCGGCCCAUCGCGAGGGGUGCCAUAUCGCCAGGUAAAGCACUUGCUUUCACCGGUACUCAACUUCUGGCUGGGUUGGGGAUUCUGCUGCAAUUCCCAUACCAGUGCCUUUGGUACGGGAUCCCAAGCUUGCUCCUGGUAGGGUCUUAUCCCCUUGCCAAGCGCGUGACAUACUAUCCUCAAGCCGUCCUAGGUCUUACAUUUUCCUGGGGUGCUAUCAUGGGAUUUCCCGCGUUGGGAAUCGACCUUAUUGCUGAAUCAGAUGCUUUGAUGGCCGCCGCCGCUCUCUAUGCCAGCUGCGUCUCGUGGACUGUUUUAUACGAUAUGAUAUAUGCGCACAUGGACAUCAGAGACGAUGUUGCCGCUGGGAUCAAGUCAAUUGCCCUUCGACACGAACACAAUACAAAGGCCGUACUCUCUGGUUUAGCGGUUGCCCAGGUGGCUUUACUUGCUGCUGCAGGAGUGGCAGCCGGUGCUGGCCCAGUCUUUUUUAUCGGUAGCUGCGGUAGCGCCGCCCUUACCUUAGGGAUAAUGAUCCGGAAGGUGCAUUUGAAAAGUACUCAAAGCUGCUGGUGGUGGUUCAAGAAUGGCUGCUUGUUAACCGGCGGAGGUAUCUCUCUGGGCAUGCUCCUGGAAUACUUCACGUGCCGAACUCGGGGUAGGAACGACCACUGA